CGGCGUCCAGGGGUAGCGGGAGCCCCUGGCCUAAGGUCCCUAUGACUCCCAAUGUUGCCCCUCAACAGAAUGAGACCUGCUUCAGUUUGAGCUUGCGUUGGUUUGCUAACCCUUGCGUCAUCUCAUUUGAGGUUGUUGUGCUCGAGGUAUAUGCUAUCCUCUUUGCGUGACUGGCGUGCUGUGCUGUGCUGCUGCGGAAAAAAAUAUUUUGACACGUGUGAUCGGCUGUCUGUCUCGAGCAGCAGCGGCAUCCACAGUGGGGAAACGCAGCCCCCCCAGCAGAGCUUCGUGAGGGUGGACCACCACCAGCGGCGGCCCGUGUCCACUGACAGCCUGUUCGGGGAGAUAUACGACGACUCUGAGGAUGAGGACGAUGACGUGGGCUAUGCUGACCCCGUCCAAGAUGAUCUCUACUCCCGCAAGAUGGGCCUCAAACCCCAGCCUGUCGCCAAAAUGUCUUAUGACAAGUUCUUGCCAAAGUUCUGGACGCCCGAAGAAGACGUACACAUACAGAAGAUCAAAAUGGGCUCUCAGAGGAGACCCUGGUACAAGAAGAUGCAAGGCUUCAGCUAUAAGAAGUCGGGCUCUUCGUCAGAUGACUCAGACUGUGACAUCAGUCCUUGGCUCUCCUCUGCCCCCUCUCUCUCCGGCCCCUCUCCCUCUCACUCCCACACACACGAGGCCCCGGCACACACCACCCUCGUUGUGGGGAAAAGUCCACAUUUUCAAGCACACACUCCUCCACAGCUCCCCAAGAUACAGUCCCCUCUGUUAGAGACCCCCCCUCUGGUGUUUGCCCCAGUGGACCCGGCCUCGGGUCCCAGACUGGUCAAAGGUGAGAGGUGGCCCCUCCUGGGGCGCCAAGACCCCCGGGAGCCCCCAGACUCCUUUGAUUAUGAGAGCAUUUGCCCCGACUUGGAGAAUGACGACAUGUUUACCAGGCGAACCCUGGCCUUCCAGUCCAACACUGACUUGGCUAUGAUGAAGUCUCAGCUGCCCGCCAAACGCCGUCUCUACACGUCCGAGCCGCAGCUCAACAUCAUCACCCAGCGACACAGCUGCAUCAGCACCGACGAGAGCGAUUUCCCUGAUAUCGAGGAGGACGAUGUGGUAUAUCGUAAGGAGAAAUCCCAGCAGGCUCAGCGGCCUCUCUCAGGAGCCCCCGACAACUACGCCCCUAUGCCCAUCCCAGAGCCGUGGGCUCUGCCUCCUGAGCUCAAGGCCAGACUCCUGUGCCCCCCAUGUCCUCUGACCAAGGAGGCGGCAGCAGACAAACAGAAUUUGACUGAGAAGGAGGAGACGCGUCCUAAAACGGAUGACAUGCUUGUGCGGAAACUUGGAGUUUGCUCUGAUCAGAGCCAGAGCUCAUCAUCCAAUCAGAUGGCGCCCUCAGUACCUUCUUCCUGUAGCGAAGGUGACCUGCAGAGAUGGCAGGCUAUCAGGGUAGCCAGUCAGAUAAGAUAUAAGAAGAGGCUCAUGGUGGAGAGGCUGGCUGCUCUCAAGUUGUGAAAGUAGAUUGCUGUAACAGUGCCUGUUAGUUUCUGCUUACUUUGUUGACUGUGAAAAUUCAUUAGUGCCAUUUCAGUUUUGAAAUAUUUUCUGUCAGAUGGUGAAGUGGUCUAGACUGCAUGUGGAUCCAACUUGUGAACGAUUGGUCUGAAGGGCAUCACUGUCAUAGAUGGGAGCUCUAUCUAUUUAAGCUCUUCUUUAUGACAACUGAUUGGUGCCUUCAGCAUUCACUGGGUCAGUCACACAAACUGCAAUGAAGGAGCAGCAACAGCUCACGUUUUCCUGUUUAAAAUGUUUGUUGUUUCCUCAAAAUUGAGUCUUUUUCCAGUAAGAAAGAAAUUUUAAUGAAAGGCCCUAUGACAUUAUAACCAUAAGGCCAUUCAUUAUGAUUUUCUGCAUGAUGGGAAUAUGGUUAAUUGUACCUUAGCACCACAUGGUACAUGCUGAGUGGAUGGCGACUGCCACUGUGUUUUUGAAGUGUGAUUUUAUGAACAAAGCAACACAAAUCUCCAACGUCGUUAACUAAAUUGUUCGGUACAUCAUGAGCACUGUUAAACAGACGCAAAUUCUGCAUUUUGUCUUCGGUUUUGUUUUCCUAUCGGACCGAGUUUGCCUGUGAAUGGAAAAAAAUAUAUAUACAAGCUUAAUAAAGAAAAUAAGAGAUCAUGAUCUUGUGAUGGAA